ACCUGCAGCGGUUUUUGAGCAAUUGAAGUAACUCAUGGCAGGAUUUAGUCAACGGUUUUGUGUUUUUCAGUGAAGUCGGGGGGACUUUUACGGUAAUACACUCUCGUGUUGGAUAGCAUAAAAAAGAAGGACAAGCAAAAAACUACGAAGCUAACAUAAACUGAAAAGGACGAAAUGAAGUUUGUGAGCCACCAGCAGGUCAGCCAGCUGUUCCACAACAAAUUCAUUGUGGUUUUGGGAGACUCUAUUCAGAGGUCUGUCUACAAAGACCUUGUCCUGCUUUUACAGAAGGAUAAAUACCUCAACUUGGUACAACUUAAACGAAGGGGUGAAAUGAGCUUUGAACAGGACUGCCUGGUGGAAGGAGGUUGCCUGAGCCAAAUGCACAACGGGACGGGAUACCGGGAGGUCCGGCAGUACCAGUCUGCCCACCACCUAGUCCGCUUCUACUUUGUCACGCGCAUCUACUCGGACUACAUGAAGAGCAUCAUGGAGGACUUCCGCCAGGGGUUGAAACCAGAUUUGGUCAUAGUCAACUCUUGUGUUUGGGACAUUUCAAGGUACACUUUAGAAUGGGUGGACAAGUACAAAGACAACCUCAAGAGGUUCUUUGAAGAACUGCUUGGGAUCCUCCCAGAAGAAAGCUUGGUCAUAUGGAACCUCGCCAUGCCCCUUGGAGAGCGCAUCAAAGGGGGGUUUGUGGUCCCUGAGCAGAUUUCGCACAAAGCUCCCCAUCUACGUCAUGACGUGAUCGAAGCCAACUUCUACAGCGGAGUCCUGGCUUCCGCCUCUAAGGUGGACGUGCUGGACCUCCACUUCCACUUCCGCUUCGCCCUGCAGCAUCGCACCAACGACGGUGUCCACUGGAAUGCCCUGGGCCACCGCCGAAUAAGCACCCUGGUGUCGCUGCACGCCGCAGACGCCUGGGGCGUGGAGCUGCCACUUCCUUCUCUCGAGGACUUUCCUGUUGCUCAUCAGCUGCCGGGCCGGGAAGGUUUUCCCGAACACGUUGAGUGGCCUCCAACAACCAACUGGUGUCCUCAUCCUCCCUUCAGCGACUUUCCAAACUUUGAAGCUAACCCACCGCCGCUGCCGUACUGGCACGGGGCCGCUGCUUUCCAUGCGCCUUUCCCUAAUCCUGGCCCACUUCCAAACGCCCGUGCGCUACAUGGGUUAACCCCAGGUUACGACUGGCCCCGCCCGUACGCGAUGCGGACGAGGCACGCCAGACGCCAGUACGCGCCAUACGCUCGUCACAUGCCCCAUCUCUAUUAAUGACUCACCUUGCUCGGAGUAGCUGGAGCAGAAGUUGCGGUUACCUCGGUCAACGUCCCACCAAGCUGAGGAGUGAUAGGAGCACCCAGCGCACCCUGGUGGGGGGAUAGGCCCACUUCACUGACAUCGCCAGACGACAGA